CUAGCAACGGAGGCAGCGCGAUGGGGGUGGUGUCGGGUUCCCAUAAACCCCUGAGCCGUCUCUCUGGAGGGAUGGAUCAGCAAGACCUGACCAGCCUCCUGCGAAUGGAGGAGGGAAGGGAAGACGACCCUCUGGACCCGGAGGGCCGGGAGGAGGAGGAGGAGGAGGAGGAAGAGGAGGAGGGGGAGGAGGAGGAAGAGGAGGACCACCAGGAGGACCGGGAGGAACAAGAGGCAGACGCGGAAAGGUGGCCGGGGGAGCCGGCCAAGCCCGGAGAGGACGACACAGUGUCUUACCUCCCCUUGCGUCAAGCGUCCAGCACCGAGGAGGGGGCGGAAGCGGAGCCGGUGCUGAGGCGCUCCGAGAGCGGUUUCUGGACCUGGUUGUCCCCCCUCAGCCUCCUCUCCAGCCUGGGCUCCGCCUCCGACAGGAAGAGGUCCCCUCUGGGCUCGGAGCUGUGCUCCCUGGAAAAGCCGAGACCGCCCGGCUGCGUCUGCCCCCGCUGUGAGAUCCUCUUCUGCGGGAAGUGCGAGACCUUGCACAGCGAUCCCGCCUACGUGGAGCACUGCGUGCUGGCUCACGACCAGGAGCUCGACCCGCCGCCGUCCCGGACCUCGGCAGCCGACUCCCGGACAGCAGAGCGGCUGGGCUCGGGAGGAAGGGAGUCACCCUGUCUGCCCUGUUCGCAGGACCCCCCAGACACCCAAUAAAGCCCCAACCGUCCCCAGG